UGAUUCCCAAGAAUAGAAACUGUGGUGUGCUGCUUUGGAAGACACUGGUCUGUGGAAAUUGCCAGAGAGCAAAAGAAGCGUCUCAAACCAGGACUUCCUGCUUCUAAAACAAAAGAUGGCAGACAAAAUGCAAAAGGACUUGGAGGUUGUUUUCUGUGAGAUGUGCCCUGAAGAGGACAGGAAACCAGCAAAGAAGAUGUGCUUAAAAUGUGAGAUUUCCAUGUGCGUGCAGCACCUGCAGGCUCAUCUGACCACACCGGUGUUACUGCAGACUCAUCCCCUGACUGAACCCACGGCUUUAGGCGCUGCCACUAAAUGUCCUCAACACGGCAAACUCCUGGAGUACUUCUGCUUGGAUGACAUGGUUUGUGUGUGCGUGUCGUGUGCCAUAGAGGACCAACACCGUCUGCACAAUAUGAAGACGUUCUCCACAGCACACAAAGAGUUGAUGGAGAAGCUCACGACUGAGCAUCAGGCCUUACAGUCAAAAACUGAGGAGGACAAUACGAGCUUAGAAAAGUGGGAGAAGGUAAAAAGAGAAGAGCCGAGCAUGUGUGCUGUGCGUCUCGUUGAAGCUGUCAACAACCUGCGAGAUGUUUCUCUGACCAGUGUCCAAAGCUCAGUGUCUGCUCGGAUGGUGUCCAUCAGAACCAGCAAGAGCAGCAUACAGUCCGCUCAGAGCGAGAAGGACACCUUCAGGUUCCUGCAGAUGUAUCCUCAGGUUCAUCAGGAUGUGGAGAAGGCCAAAGCUGUGGACCUGAGGAAAGGACUGGAGCCUGGAGACCAUCGAGACAAACUGGUGAAAGAGAUAACGCAGAAUGGAGAAAAAAUAGUGAAUGACGCAAAUGACUUCCUGGGAUCAUUGCUGACUCUGAUUGACCCGGAACAUCAUCAAACCAAUGUCAUCACCAGUCCAGACCUGUUCUUUGAACCACUGACUUGUCAGUUUAACAUUUCACUGUCCAAAGACAAGAGAACAGUGUUUUACACCAGCGGGCUGGGAGAGUGCUCCACAACUCUUCUAAUCAAAAGCUCCAAGUCAACUCCUAACUUACAAAGGUGGAAUGUUGCUCUCACUGAGGACACAGACUGGAUGGUGGGACUGUGUGAUAAAAAGUCUCCACAAAACUUCAAGGAUGGGCCAGUUCAUGCACUGAGGUGUGAAGACAGCCGUCUCAGCUCAGUCACAACGUUGUAUGAGUGUUGCAAAGCAUCUUCUGGUUCAGGAGGCUUUGGAAUGAAAAACCCUGAUGUGAGUGAAACAGAAAAAAAACGAAGGGUUUCUUCUCAACUAAUUACAAAUGAGGAAGAAGAUGGAGAAGAAAAAAUGCAACCUGAAAUAUUGGAGGUCUUCUGGAACUUUACAAGCUCCACUUUGUCCUUCUACAACAGAACUGGAAGUUUCCAGAGAAAAGAAAUCAUCACAAUCAGGAUGGAACACAUCAUCUGGGAUCUAACUCCAUUUGUACAUAUAGGGAAGAAAAACCCUCAGUCACAGUCUUGCUCUGGAAACACAUCUUUUGCGCAGUCACAUUGUUAUAACUGUGGAAGAAACUCAAAUGGUCCAUUUGUUACAGAAGCGCUUUGUGAGCUAAUUGACUGAUAUUCUUCAGAGACUACCAACCUAACUGUUUGAUGUUAUGCUGUUUAUAUUUGACUAUACUGAAAAAUAUCAUAAAAACAUGUAGGAUAAAUUGCAGGCUUGUGUGCUUAAAUCAUGUUGGAACAUAAAAAAUAAUUUUUCCAAAUUUCUUGUCAUCAUGAGAAUGUCUGAACUCUAAACCUCUAUUUUCUAUCGCUGCAAUGCAUUCCUUUGAAGACACAUUUAUGUUUUCUCAUUUUGAAUAUAAUGUUCAGGUUUUGUGAUUGUGUGACUGGGACACUGAAUCUUUGCUAAUUAUUUUUGU